AUGAGGAACUCAAAAAUAAAAGGAGGAAAGAAGGAAACCAUUCCCCCUGUCAAACUAGUAUCAAACAGAUCAGUUAAUACUCAGCAAUCUUUUGAGAGAUUAACUAAUCUGAAUAGAAUAAACAUAUACAGUAUUAUUGGUCUGAUGGAACCUUUUGAAGAUGCUGAACAUAUAGAAAGAUUUAGAAGGAAGUUAGGUAUGGAAACAACUUUUGUCAAUAUCUCAGGCAAAAUCUGGUUAUUCCUAUCAGAGGAUGUACAGGGUUCUGUGGAGAUAGACAAUGAACAUCAUAUUACUUUGAAGCUGUUUCACCAAAGUUUAAACUGUAAUAUAGUCUUAACAGUGGUUUAUGCCUCUUGUGAUGCUGGAGAAAGAAGAGUUCUUUGGGAUUCUAUUAACCAGGUAUCUAAUCUUUUUGAUUUACCUUGGCUGGUGGGAGGUGACUUCAAUGUCAUAUCUACAGAAGAGGAAAAAUUAGGAGAUCUACCAGUCUUGUAUAAUGAGAUAGCAAAUUUCAAUAAUUGUCUCAGCAGUUGUGGUUUACAGGAUCUUGGAUAUGUAGGUAGCACAUAUACAUGGUGGAAUGGAAGAGUUGAAGAAGCACGCAUUUUUAAAAUAUUGGAUAGGAUGGUUUGUAAUGAUAAAUUGCUAGAUGUAAUGCCCACCAUGAAGGUGACUCAUCUGAUAAAAAAGGGAUCAGAUCACUCUCCUUUUGGAACUUGA